UUUCGAUUACAACCGUCCAUGAACCAUCUGAAUGGUGUCGUCUUGAAGCACUAAUAUCUUCAAUGAUCACGAUCUUUUCCAACUACUUCGGUUCUUCCACCAUGAUUUGAUGCGAUGACGCUGAUCAUGUUUGAACUCCAGAUUGCUUCAUGUUGAUCAUCUUUUUAUUGCUGUUGCUGAGACCCACGUUAACUUACAUCGUCGUCGAGUUCAUCCGCACAACCAGCAGGUCUAUGAUGUUUAUUCAACGUUAUUUUCGAUGAGUAAGAGUAACAGAUCAUUAGUGACAUUUAUAUUUUAGCACAAUUUAUUAAUUAGGUGAACAACCUCCUUCUAGUAGAAGUCCUAGAGCUAGAUAAAGAAACGCCAAUAUAAACCAUGAGCUCGAAUGCUACUCCCGGCAGUAGUGCUGGGGGGUCUACCCCUGGCAGCACCCCCUCCGGAGGCGGUGGAAGCCGACGCGUAGUCCGUCUGCCACCCGAGGUGAAUAGGAUCAUCUACGUCAGAAAUCUUCCGUACAAAAUCGCCGCGGAUGAAUUGUACGAUAUUUUCGGCAAGUUUGGACCAAUCCGACAGAUUAGAAAGGGAAACACAAACGAAACGAAGGGAACCGCGUUUGUAGUUUAUGACGACAUCUACGAUGCGAAAUUGGCGUUGGACUCACUCUCAGGGUUCAAUGUGGAUGGAAGGUACUUGCUUCUUUUUGGAAGAACACCUUGACGAGUCUUAACGUUUUAACUACUUAAUGCAAACUUACAACUAAGAAGUAUUCAUUUGCUUCAACAUGGCGUUCUCGUCUUCACCUCGAUCUUCAUCUCCCGCAUCGUCGUCGUGGUCGUCAUUUUUCUUAUAACACUUUUACAUUUUGAUUUACGUCUACGUCAACCACACAAACCUCUAGUACAACCACACAACACACAGGUAUCUCGUCCUCCUAUACUACAACCAACGCUACCUCUACAUCAACCACACAACAGGUAUCUCGUCCUCCUAUACUACAACCAACGCGUCCGACAAAAGAAGGCAGACGCAGCGGCAAAACAGGAGGAGAACGAACUUUUGAAAAAAAUGUACGGUGUCAAGACUGAUGAAGAAGAGAAGAUGGCGGCUUAGCCGAGGUGGGUGUCAAGAAACAAGGGAGACAACUCCGAAGGGGCUUCAUUCAUCUGGAUUUCAUCUAGGUCGUGGAGUCUCCUGGGAAUGUCCUCUCCUGGGUAGAAGUGCAGAGAAGAGGACACUCCAGUUUUCUUCCCUCCGCUGCUUGAAGAACAUCCGUCCUCCUGCUUCACAAGAAAGACGCAAAGAACAUGUCAAUGUCAAGGAUUCUGGAGCAGUAGAUUCUACUUGACGAACUUGGCUCCCUGCGUUGAUUUCAUAUUUAAGGAUACCCCUCCCUCAAGAACCCAAGAAAACAAGAUCGAAUUCGAACGCUCAAAAAAUGUUUCACCAAGACUGAUCUUUACAUACGCAGAAGUGUGAUUUGCUUCGUUGAUUGUGAUAUCGCCGCCAGCGCCAACUCCUUAGCAUUUCGCAAGCAGGAGUAAAUGGAUGCAGACGGCCUAGCUUGUGGAUCCAGAUCACGAAUGAUCACACGAUAGCAGUUACAACAAUGUGGAAAGAUCUUAUUCCUGAAACGCUCAUUGCAUCAAAUGCUUGUCGGCU